AUGCCGAAGAAAAGAAAAGCUGUUUGUGGUAGAACACAACGUGAAAGAGACAGAGCUAGAAAGAGGCAGGCGAGACAGAAACCUUCAAUGCUAGAUGUGUCGCCAGAUGAGCAAGUGACUGAGUUCUCUGUUCCUUGCAGGACAGAGGAUGGAGCUAUGUCAGCUCCUCCCGGUAAUUUUCCGGGGCUUGGUUCGAUGGGGUUUCCACCUAAAGAGGAAAAACCCCUGGCCAGGGUGCAGGCCUCACUUCGAGUGAAAAUGCAUUCACCUGCCCCGAGGUUGCCACCUCCUCGGGGAAGUCGUCUGUUUGUCCGUAACGAGGACAAGGCACCGUCCCCUGACUCCCCACCGUGGGUUUGUGCUCCACCGAGGGCACCUGGAUCGGACAUAGGGCAUAUGUCUGAUCCAGCAGGUCAGGCGCAGCUGGAUACCUCCAGGAUGGAGGAGACCAGUAGAGUAUCAAAAGAUGAGGGCUUUUUAACUGAUAUUAAAACUGAGUCUGAACGAAUAUUGAAAGGAAAUUUGAAUGAAUACAAUAUAGAAUCUGAAAUGAGAACUUAUGAGCAAGAGAACAAUGAGAAUCAUACUGUUUCAGAGAAUGGUUUUGAAGAGAAAAAUAAUAGAAGAAAUGAAGAUCACUUUUGUCAGAAUAAAUCUGAAAUACCCUUUUCAGUUCAGGGCUCUUUUCAUCAAGCUCAUCCUAUGUUUGAAGAGAAUGCUGGAACACAGUGUGUUGCUAAUUGUUUGGCAGGAUUAGCUUUUCACAAACUUAAGAAUGCAAAGAGCUGGACAACAAUGGAUAUGGACAGAGUUUUAAUGACAGGUGAUGAACUGUACACAUAUUUGCAAAGAAGCUCAUCAAUCACUGAUAGGUAUUUGCUUGUAGAGGAAUUACCACAAUUCUUUGAAUGCUUUAACCGAUCAUAUCAGUUUCAUGCAAAUCAGACAUAUGCAAGUGUCAUUUUGGCAAAUGAUGGAAUAAACUAUGCAGAGUUUAAUUCACUUCCACUAGAUGAAGCACUUCAGGUUGCCCUUUCAGACAGUGAUGGCUGUUUUGUAUGCUUUGGUGGAAAUACAAUGCUUAUAGGAGUGACAGGAAGUGGUUUCUUUGCUUUUGACUCUCAUUCUAGAUCUGCAGAUGGAAUGAUAAGUGUAACUGGAAGGAGCACAAGAAUUUUAUUUGAGAAUGUUAGUGAAGUGUAUUCACAUCUUCUAGGUCUUGCAUUUUCAAUGGGAUAUACAAAAGGUGUUGAAUGUAACUUGACUGGUGUGUGUUGCAAGAUGGGUGAUAUUGCAAAUGUUAGUGAGUUCUUUGAAGUAGAUGAAAACAUUGAUGGAAAGUCUCAAGGGUCAAAGUUAUCUUUGGAGACCACACAUGAAACAGGCGAUGCAGAUGAUGACUUGAUUUUUAUUGGAGAUGAGCAGUUACAAUUUACCUUUAUUCCCUUAAGUACAAACUUUAAAAAAGCCCUUUGUGAAAUUUUGAACAUUCCAUUCUCUAGCAUUGGAAAUUCUGGUGACGUCAAUUGUUCUAGAACUAAUAUUUCAGAACCAUUACUUGAAAAGGAAAUAAUAGGAGAUGGGAAUUGCUUCUUUAGAGCCAUUUCAUUCAGUCUUGCAAAUUCAGAAGAUUUCCAUUAUGUAAUACGCCAUGCUGUCUGUGAGCAUAUAAUGGAAAACAAAGAGCUAUUUAAACCAUUCUUAAGAGAUGGCGUACAGUCAGUAGAAAGUCACCUGUCUUCCACACAAAUGUCACAGGGAGGUACUUGGGCUACUGAGGUUGAAAUAUUUGCAACAGCUCAUCUUCUAAACAUUGAUAUAUACACUUUCUCUAGAGAAUGUUGGUUAAGGUUUUUAGUUGCUGAAGUAGAUCCUGGUUUGCAAAGCAAAACUGAAGCAAUUUAUUUGAAUCACUACCAGCAGAACCAUUACAAUGUUGUACUGUCUGUUAAUGGAGAGGAAAUUGACUUAGCACCACGACAAUGGUUUAAAACUUCUCAAGAGUAUGAAAAGCGAUACCAAAACCGAACACGUAUGCAGGUGGAAAGGCAAUCUAGAACAGAAAAACGGGGAAGUGUUAGUGCAGUCAAGAAACGAAAUGAAUCUUUAAGACAGAGAUAUGAGGAAGAUAAAGAAUUUAGAGAUAGGAAACUGAAAAGAUCUUUCUUAAAGUAUUCAACGGAUGAUGAUUACAGAGAAAAUGUCAAGAAGAGAAGUAUUGAUAGAUAUGCAAUAAACGAUAAGCAGAGGGAAGAUGUCAAAAGAAGAAGUAUUGACAAGUAUGCAACAGAUGUUGAUCACAGGGAAGAUGUCAGAAAGAGAAGUAUUGACAAGUAUGCGACAGAUGUUGAUCACAGGGAAGAUGUCAGAAAGAGAAGUAUACAAAAGUAUGCAACAGAUGAUGGUCACAAGGAAGAUGUCAGAAAAAGAAGUAUUGACAAGUAUGCGACAGAUGUUGAUCACAGGGAAGAUGUCAGAAAGAGAAGUAUAAACAAGUAUGCAACAGAUGAUGGUCACAAGGAAGAUGUCAGAAAAAGAAGUAUUGACAAGUAUGCGACAGAUGUUGAUCAUAGGGAAAAUAUCAAGUGGAGAAGCAUUAACAAGUAUGCAACAGAUGACCAACAUAGAGAAAAUGUCAAAAGGAGAAGCACUGAUAAAUAUGGUAAUGACAAAGAGCAUAGGGAAGAUGUCAAAAGGAAAAGUAUACAAAAGUAUGGAAUGGAUGAUGAACAUAGAGAAAAGGUAAAAGCAAGUAGUAAAUUGAAAUACAACUCAGAUGAAAUGCACAGAAUUCUAGUCAAUACUUCAAGUACAGAGAGAUACAGGGAAAAUGUGAAUUUCCGAGAAGCAAAGCUUCAAACCGCAGCGAAAAAGUACAAAAGUGAUGAAUCGUUCAGGUCAAAAAUUAAAGAUGCAAGUCGACAUCAAUACGAUUCGAAUGCAGAGACGAAAAUGAAAAAGAAAGAGAUGGUAAAAAGUCGUAGAAAUGCAGAAACAGCUAGAUUAGAAAAUCAGGAAGAGGUGGUAAAAGUAUUUAAAGAAAAUGUUGUGCAAGGCAUUGACUAUUCGUGCUGUUGUUGUGAUCGGCUACUGUUUCGGAAUCAAGUUCAAAGAUGUGAACGGAAAGCAUAUGCCAAAACUGAGCAGGCAGCAAGUGUUGCAGACUUGUGUAUUCAAGAUAAGUACUGUCACGAAUGUAUAGAAUCAUGUCCAAAGGAUUGCAUUAAAUCAACGUUAUGGAUUUGUUAUACUUGUCACAGGAAAAUCUUAAGCGGAAAUUUUCCAGCAGAAGCUGCAGCGAACAAAAUGGCUUUGGAAGAUAUUCCAAAGGAAUUACAAGAAUUGAACAGCCUUGAGAAACACUUGAUUGCAAUACAUAUACCUUUCAUGAAAGUCAUGAAUCUUCCUCAUGGUGGUCAGAAAAAUAUCCAUGGGCCAGUUGUAUGUGUACCAGCUGAUCUGAAAAAAGUUACAAGUUUACCAAUGAAACCUGGAGAAGAUCAUUUACUUAGAGUGAAACUAAAGAGGAAGUUGAAUUACAAAGGGUACAGCGAGUACCAGUUUGUUGAUCCAAAGCACAUAUGUGAGGCAUUGAAGUAUUUAAAACUUAACAAUCAAUGGUAUGAAGAUGUAGCAGUUGAUACAAACUGGAAAGGGCAAAUUGAAGAUGUAGAAGAAAUAUUGGAGGUUGGCGAUUCACUAUCAGAGGAUGAUGAUCAGCAGCCCAGUGUGUCAGAUUCUUGUCUACAACCUGUUGAUAUUGGUCAGGAGGUUCUUGAUCAUUACUUCGAUGAUAUAUAUGACAUUGCUCCAGGAGAAGGCAAUAAUCCAGUAAGGAUGUUACAAGAAGAAGGGAAUGAGGCAAAAACAUUUCCAUACCUUUUCCCAAGUGGGCAGUUUUCGUGGAAUGACAACAGAGAAACACGAAUAACACUGUCAAGAUACUACAACAAUCGUCUUAUGAAUACAGACGCGAGAUUUGCGAAAGACAGUAAUUACAUUUUCUUCAGUCAGUUUAUGUCUGAUUUAAAUCAAGUUAUAGAGAAGACGCAGAUAUCUAUAAGGAAAUCAAUCAGAAGAAUAGGAAAUGACCAAGAAGUGACAGCAAAUAUGGUACAGGACCCUGAAGUACUUUCGAAGUUGAUGAAAAAUGACGAGGCUUUACGAUUCAUGCAGCCUAUACGAGGAACACCAGCAUACUGGUCAGCUGCACAGAAGGAUCUGUUUGCUAUGCUUAGACAAUUAGGAAUACCUACUUGGUUUUGUUCCUUCUCUGCUGCAGAACAUAGAUGGAAUGAUGCGGUCACUACAAUAUUGAAACAACAGAAUGAUAACAGAGAUGCUUGUAUGUUAGACUGGUCUGAAAAGAAUGAGGUACUGAGAAGUAAUCCUGUCACUGUUGCCAGAAUGUUUGAGCAUAGAUUUCAUGUGUUUCAGAAAGAUGUGAUAUUUUCACCUUCAGAACCAAUUGGGAAAGUGUCUGAUUUCUUCCAAAGAGUCGAAUUUCAACAAAGGGGAUCACCUCACAUGCAUUGUUUAUAUUGGAUAGAAAAUGCACCAAAACUUAAUGAAGAUGGAGAGGAUGCCGUUUGUAAUUUCAUAAACAAAUACGUGAGUUGUGCAGUGCCCUCCGAGGAAGAAGAUUUGGAGCUGAGGAACAUUGUCUUAGCAGUGCAACAACACAGCAAAAAUCAUUCAAAGUCAUGCAGAAAGAAGGGCACAGAGUGUAGGUUUAAUUUCCCUAGACAACCAUCUGUAUCCACAUUCAUCAACUCUCCACUUGAAGAAGAGAGGAAACUGAGGCUACUGAUUUGCAAAAACAACAGUCCAUCGCUAAGGAAAUUCUAUUACAAGUUUGGAAUGAAGUGCAAGAUGAAGCAAAUAAAUCGAAACAACCGAAGAUAUUUUCAGUUAUCUAGGAUUGACGCAAACACAGUAUGA